GGCACAAUGACUCCUCAAGCUUUGAACAGUCUGCGUGGGGGGAGGAAUAGGGAAGGGAUGCAGUGAGGUUCUGCACGCUGAGAAGGAAGUGGUGCUAGACACAGCCAAGCAGAGGGACGGAUUAAGUCGUCUCCGGUCCAGAGAUUGAGCGAGAGGGGAGGAGAGUGGAGGCUGGCAGGUCGCACUGGAGAUGGGCAGCGCCGGAGGACUCUGCUCCAGUCCAAGGGCUUGGGGAUGUGGCUGGAAUGUCAUCCGACUCCUGUGCUUUGCCUUCAUUAACUGGGGAGCUGCAGAAAAUACUGCUGCUGUCAUUGUGGUGAAUCAGACAACCCCUUCUAUCUGUGCAAUGGAAGGGUCAGAGUUCACCAUCGAGUGUACAUUCAACACAAGCAAUAAUUCAACCAAGUGGUUUGCUGAAUGGUAUAAAACCAAAAACAAUGUAACAGCCAAGGUGAACAAUGGAACAGAUCGAAUCAUAUUAUCAGCAGAUAAAGAAAAGAGGUCUCUUUCCCUCACUGUGAAGAAAGCCGACGUCACUGAUUCUGGAACCUACGUAUGUUGGGUUGGGAGCAAAGAUGGGACAUAUCCUGGGACUGGAACCCAAGUGACCAUUGAUGGACAACCCAAAGCACCUGUGAAGUGCAAAAAAUUAUGCACUGAAUUUUCACGAAAAGAAAUACCCCAGAAACUGUUGAAGACCUAUAGGAAGACAGAACCAUCAUGUCCCAAAGCCGCUAUCAUCUGCUGUCAGUCGGACAAUAUGAGGAUCAGCUGUUACAGCAUACACCUGGAGAUGGAGCUCUCAGACACCUGUUACCCCGGCAUUCCCCCCAAGCACCGUGCUGACCAUCCUGCCUGCCAGAUUCUGUACCUGCAAAUAAACCUUGAACUGAAUGGAAGGAGGAGGGAGGAUGCUGGAUAA